UGAUCCUAGUACACAAUUAUGCAAAAUGGUGUAUAGUGCCAAUUCCUCAUAGAUAUGAUGCAGAUUCUGAACGCUUUAGUGAUUCAAUUAAAGAUAUUUUUCAUGGAGUAACAUAUGAAAAGGUGCCAUCUGAAGUGACCUCGUUAACCCACUGAGAGUCCAGCACUGACAGAUAUACCACCAUACAGCUGAAUCAUAUAGCAUUCAUAGACUAUAGAAAUCCCUGUAAAAGUCCCCAUCCUAGAUCUUCCAGAAAAGCCUUAUAGAUCAAAUCUCUCAAUUCUUUCUUUUCUUUCUCAUUUCAUCUGCAGAACUUCCUGUCUCACUGGUCCUAGGAUGCUCAGGUGAGUGAGAAUUCAGUUCUGUCACUCUCCAGGAAUCCCGUUCUAGAUUGCAGGUUGGUGAAUCCAAGACCGUAAAGCCAUGACAAUAUUUUAUAAUGGCAGCCUCCAAAGAGCCACUUUCUUCCUAACAGGCUUCCAAGGUCUGGAAGCUCUCCAUGGCUGGAUCUCUAUUCCCUUCUGCUCCAUCUACUUGACAGUUAUUGUAGGAAACCUUACCAUCCUCCACAUCAUCCAUACCGACGUCACCCUCCAUGAACCCAUGUACUAUUUCUUGGCCAUGCUGGCCCUGACAGACUUGGGCCUUUGCCUAUCUACACUGCCCACUGUGUUGGGCAUCUUCUGGUUUGAUGUCAGAGAGAUUACCAUCCCCGCCUGCUUCACUCAGCUCUUCUUCAUCCAUACCUUGUCACUGGUAGAGUCUUCAGUUCUACUGUCCAUGUCCAUUGACCGCUAUGUGGCCAUUUGCAAUCCAUUGCGUUACUCCAUGGUCUUGACACCUGCACGUAUCAUCAAGAUGGGGCUGAGCUCAAUUCUUAGAAGUGCCCUGCUCAUCCUGCCCCUGCCAUUCCUCCUUAAACGCUUCCAGUACUGCGGCUCCCAUGUGCUGGCCCAUGCCUAUUGUCUGCACCUAGAGAUCAUGAAGUUGGCCUGCUCUAGCAUCAUUGUCAAUCACAUAUAUGGGCUCUUUGUUGUGGCCUGCACUGUUGGUGUGGAUUCACUGCUCAUCUUCCUCUCCUAUGCCCUCAUCCUCCGCACUGUGCUAAGCAUUGCCUCCCGCCAGGAGCGACUUCAGGCCCUCAACACCUGCGUCUCUCAUAUCUGUGCUGUGCUACUCUUCUACAUCCCCAUGAUUGGCUUGUCUCUCGUGCACCGCUUUGGUGAACAUCUGCCCCGUAUUGUACACCUCCUCAUGUCUUAUGUGUAUCUGCUGGUCCCACCUCUCAUGAACCCCAUUGUCUACAGUAUGAAGACCAAGCAAAUCCGUAUCCGCAUUGCUAAGAAGCUUGAGAUUGUAAAAUCCCUUAAGUGUUUUCGAUAGGAUUAGGUUAGGAUGAAGAGAGGGAGCUUUGGGGCAUGAAGCCUAUUGAUAUUUUUGGUGUUCAGGGAAUCUGUAGCAGAUUACCUCCUUAAGCAGCUUCUAGAAACUUUCUGGUGAUUCUAGCUGGUACCCUGGCUGACUCUCCAGAAAGCCAACAGUAACCCCCAUAGGCAUUCUUAGAAAAUGUCAUCAGUCUUCCAGCAAGUAGUUCUCCACCAAUCAGCCUCAUCCUAAUUGUGGACCAGCUUUGGCCCAGAACAACUUAGUGAACUUUGUCAUUCAGUGAGCUUCACUCACAUGUUGGUGGACAACAUCCAAAUGCCAGCCUUGGGAAAGAUUCUUCUCUUGAAAUCUUGUUUCCUUCUUAGAGACUCUCCCUCAGCCCUAGAGUAUCCUCUAUGGUUCUUUCUUUCUUACUCUUAGUUGAUUCCCUGUUACUAUAAUCUCUUGUUAAUAAAUGUUUAUAUUAAACUUUUCUGUUAAAUUAUUCUGUGGUUUCUUUCUUGUGACUGGACCCUAACUAACACACCACUCAGAGUAAGUUCUUUGUUUUAUCAUACCUACCCCACAUUUUGGUCUAGUACCUUAAAGGAACCA